GAGAAAUUAGAAAAUAGAAACGAAUAAUUCCAUAAAAACCUGACUGUUGAUUGUACGAGAACAAUGGUUACACACUAUUGCUUUUUAAAGAUGCAACGAUUUUCUAGGAGCUUUUUUAUUUUGAGAGAGAAAUUGACUGUCAAACUGAGUGGAUGUGCCUUCCUCGUGCUCCUGAUUUUUUAUGCUGUUUUGCCGUGUUAUUUCUGGAAUUCCAACAUUUGCAACAGUGGUGCUGCUGAGUUGUUCGUACUGGCUAGUGCGUGCCUUCGAUUAAUAUAAAGUUGCACUGGAGUUCUUCUGUUAAUUCAACAUUUUUGCCGAGAAAGUGUUUGGCUUCGUUUCUGCUCCUGUCACUCAUCAGUUUGUGCUGAGUCAUCGUUAUGCAGUGCUCAACCUGCAAUGCACCCACCGAUAGUGCUAAUUCGGUGUCUUGUGCCGGUGUUUGUGGUUCCAAGCAUCACACCCAUUGCACGGGGUUGUCCCGUGAUUCUACUCGUGAGCUUGGUCGUAAUAAUCAGUUAUUGUGGUUGUGCAAAACAUGUCACGAGUUUCGCAAUGGCACAAAUUCACUUCUCACAAAUCGGCUAUCAAGAGCGAUUUGCUUCCUGAGAUCCUCGCUCUCGUUGAUAAGCGAGCGCUAGCACCCAUAUUAGCUAAGCCGUCUGUUAGCAACGCAUCGCGAACGCACACAUCCACUAAUGUAUCGUCGCUCAAUGCCACAAAUACAUCCAGAACAACUUUCGCAGACAGCUUCCGCUCGCCGUACAUUUACUAACUCAACGGAGCUCACUGCUGAUAUCCAAGCUGCGAACGAUACCAACACUGUGGAAGAUUCUGACAACUGUAACCACUACAAUCAUCGUACUAAGCCGACUAGUGAUGUUAGUGCUGGAAACUAUCAAACAUAUACACAAGCAUCUUCUGAUCCUGUUUUGAACCAAAACACCACCAACACGGGCAUAGCCGAGAAAGUAUGGUUAUACUUCACGAACAUCAAAUCGCAUGUCUCCGCUGAUGAUAUGCGUGUGUGGCUUAAAGCUGUGCUACCAACGGACGAUAUUAAUGUUUACCGUCUCACGAAAAAGGGUGUGAACCUGGACUCGCUGUCCUUCAUAUCGUUCAAAGUGAGUGUUCCUAAAUCUCUUAAGGAGCUUGCGCUGCGGUCUAUUAUUUGUCCAGUUUCACUUACUGUUCGGGAGUUUGUUGCUCGUGGCCUACCAAAGCAACGUGUACAUGAAAGGGCUCGAUUUGACCCUUCUGAGCUUAUUUCGCAUCGUAAAAAUAGUGAAAAUUGCUCUUCAGCUGUGCCAAAAACUACCGCUCAUCCGGAUCAUUUUUUGGAACAUCGAUCGCCACCCCCACAGCGCGGGAUUCUAUCACCAUCCCAGAUGACCGAGAUCCUAGAGGCUAUUCAACUGGAGUUUCCUCCCACACCGCCUCAGUUAUCACCGGAGGUGGGGCUUCAUUCACAAUCCAAUCUCAGCAACAAGAACCGCUCACCACAGAUCAGCCCGUUUGCCAAACGGAUAGCUCACAAUUAAUAGACCCAUUCGUGAUGUAUUACCAAAAUGUUGCCCUUACUGAAACCUGGUUAAAUGAAUCGAUUCCAUCCAACAUGGUCCUUGAUAGUGAUGCCUACAACAUAUACCGCUGCGAUCGAAGCAGGUUAUACAAUGAACGUUCGCGUGGGGUGGUGUGCUACUUGCAUGUUCCGUUCGAUAUCCUUCUGUGGCACUUAACAUUAAUCAACCCACGCUUGAAGCUUUAUGUAUACGUGUUUCUUUUUCUAAGUUUCGUAUUUAUGUGGGGAUUGUUUAUGUGCCACAGUAUUUGAGCAGCGACCGCAACUAUUUGGAAUCCCUUUCUGCUUUCAUCAGUGAUGCAUACAUGCAAAUGAAACCGAAUGAUCAUCUUAUCCUUCUGGGUGACUUCAAUCAACCUGCGUUAGAGUGGUCGCUUUCUACCGCAGUAAGGCCAGAUUCAUCUUCAGCUAUAAGACAUUAUGUGCCACAUAUUUCUUCGAAUACAUUCAGUUCCUGCUUUUUGGAUAUGUUAAACUUGCAUGAACUCUAUCAGCUGAACGGGGUGCAUAACCAUUUAAAUCAUUAUUUGGACCUGGUGCUCUCCAACUCUGCUGCAGCUGCUUGUUGUUCUGUGUAUCCUGCUUCGUCACUGCUCCUGCCCCAGGAUGCUCAUCAUCCUGCUCUAGAAAUUGCGUUACCGUCUUCUUUAUUUAGGGCUAGUAGGGUUAAGAUUGUAUUACCUUCUGCUCCUAAUUCAUUGAGUGUUCGUUAUAAUUUUCGGCUCACAGACUAUCGUAAACUUAAUUCAAAUCUAUCUCGUUCCGACUGGUCUUUUUUUUAUCAAUGUACAUCGGUCGACGAGGCUGUCCAAUCGUUUAAUGCUUUGUUAACCUCUGCACUUCUUUCAUGUACACCUAUUGUUCGAU